GGCAAUGAGCUUGCAUUUUCCGAAAAAUGACAGCGCGGCGUUGGCGGAUGUGGUUGUGGUGUGCCAGCUGCUGUCGAGAUGCUGUCGAUCAGUUCACCUGCCGCCGCCGUAUCUGUGAGUGCCGCUGAUCUGGCCCAUUGAGGUGCGAGAGGACCGGGGAGGCGUCAAAGGUAACAAUACACGUUGUUUCUGUGUGCUUGUGUCAGGUUCUGUAACUCAGUCACAGAUCAUCGCUUUGAGAUCUGGCCUCACGGCAAAUGCGCUGACUGACAGGGCCGGUGAGGCCAAACGCCAGAUCAAUCUCUUUGAUGCUCUGACACACGUGCUGUCUGUGGUGCGGUAUGUCUGCAGAAACACUCAUUGCCUCGUCGAGCCUGCCUGCUGUGACGGCAUGUGGUGACUGACUUGUGUUGAUUGAUGGCGUCUUCGGUGCCCAUCGACACGUGGCGUGCACGUGUGGUGGCGUGCCUGCAGCUGCCUGAUGCGGCCGCUCUCCGCAACACAUCCAACGCACUCGGCACCUCUGUUGUCACCGCCACUCUGCUGGUGGAGCGCAUCGACGCGUCCCUCGCCCGCCACUCACUCACCGGCCUGAUCGACAUCAACCGCACGGCCCCCCUCUCAUUCACCUAUGUGCUGCGGGUGGCCUAUGUGCUGGAGCAGGGCAGCAGCCAGGAGUGGCGUUUGAUCGGUGUGGUCUUCAUCCGCCUCGCCGCCAUCUAUCGGCUGACGCCGGCCAGUGGGCUGCCCCUGGUGCUGCCGGUGCAGUGGCUGGUGACCAACCUCCCCAGCAAGACGGCCUUCCACCAGCUGCCCUUGGCCAUGGCCAUCUACCGCCUAUUCGGCCACAUGCUCACCCACCAGGGACAUGGGAGCCUGGCGCUGCGGCAACUCAUCAACCAACUGAUCAACCCUCGCUAUCGGAUCGACAAUGUGCCGUUUCGGGUGGUGCAGUUGAGUGACCUGCCGGCCGCCCACCCUUACACAGACGACUACAAGCGGACUGAUCCCGUCAUCCGACAGGACCUCCUUCUCCACUCCUCCUUCUCGUCAUACCUGCUGCACGGGCUGCUCCGGUGGUGGAGUGUGUGGGUGGGCGUCAGGCAGGUGUUGACUGCACCUAUCGUCGACGGUGACCCCCGCUAUCGCCGUCUGCGGAUGGAGCCCAUCAGCGAGCAGCAGGGCAUCGCUGUCGACCACCUCGUCGACAACGACAACCUGAAUAAUGCCAACCCCAUCCACCGUCGUUAUGUGAUCGUGAGUGGCUUCGGGCCCAACGAGACCGUCGCUGCCCAUCUGAGGGUGGAGACCAGCCGCAUUUAUCUGUGCACAACCGAGCGGUCUAUUGGCGAUCGGUCUCAGUCGCUCGACGUCCGCUUCCCCACAUCGAUGCCCCGCUGGCGUGCCGUGCUGCGGCAUUUAAACCUCGAGAACGACGUCAUCAACCGAGGGACGGUGAUGGAGUGAGGACAGAUGUGUGUGUGUGUGUGUGUGUGGUGAGAUGGGGCCGAAUGGGAUGGGUUGUGAAGUGGC